AUGGCGUCCACAUCCCCAGUUGCGGCAGUCUUCGGCUGCACCGGCUUGGUCGGGUCCAACAUCCUGAGCACGCUGCUAGCAGCUAAAAGCACCGCUGGCACCGUGCACACGGUCUCGCGCCGCCAACCCAAGGCCGAAGGCCCCAAGCUCCGCGCGACUAUUGAGCCCUCGACCGAGCAGUGGGCGGCCAAGCUGGCGGCGCUGCAGCCGCCCCCGACGACGGUUUACUCGGCCGUCGGGACCACGCGGGCCGCGGCGGGCGGCCUCGAGAACCAGCGCAAGAUCGACCACGACCUCAACGUGGAGAUCGCAAAGGCCGCCAAGAAGGCCGGUGCCAAGACAUUUGUCUUCAUCUCCUCGGCCGGCACUCGCGGCAUGUUGGCCGCCCGCGCGCCCUACUCGCAGAUGAAGAUCGGGGUCGAGGACACCAUCAAGGAGCUCGAUUUUGAUCAUGCCGUCAUUGUCAGACCCGGCCUCAUCAUGGGGCAGCGGGAGGAGAGCCGCACCGCCGAGGGCCUGUUGCAGGGCUUCUUCAACGGGCUCGGCAAGCUUUCUACGGCGGCCAAGGACUUCAUGGCGCAGGAUGCCGAUGUCAUCGCCAGGGCUGCUGUCGCCGCCGCGGUGCAGGCCGAGCAGGGCAAGGCACCAUCCAAGUACUGGAUAUUGGAACAGGCGGACAUUAUCCGCCUCGGAAGGACGGAGUGGAAGGACUUCUAUAAGGAGCUCCACCAGCCAACAAACCCCGCCAUAACGGUUUAUCGCGACAAUUCAGUCGGUACCGACAGGUCGUCAACGAUGACAACGGCUCGACCUAGCAUCGUCGGCCCGGACUCGGGUCCCGAGCCACCGUUUCCAUACAAGAUGGAGGGCAAAGUCAUAUCUGGAUUUGGCAGAGGAUCCAAAGAGCUUGGUAUCCCGACAGCCAACCUCCCUGUCGACGCCACCAUCACCCCCUGGAUCUCCUCAAUCCCCUCGGGCGUCUACUACGGCUGGGCCUCCCUCCAGCUUCCCCCCUCCCACCCGGAAUCCCCAUCACCACCCGACACAACCACCCCUUCUUCCUCCCCUUCUCCCCCGUACAUAGUCUUCCCCAUGGUCAUGUCCAUCGGCUACAACCCUUUCUACAACAACACGGAGCGGUCCGCCGAAGUGCACAUCCUGCACAAGUUCACGGCCGAUUUUUAUGACGCCCCCAUGAGGCUGCUCAUCCUAGGCUUCAUCCGAGAGGAGAAGAACUACGACUCCCUAGAGGCCCUCGUCAAAGACAUCAAUACGGACUGCGACGUCGCCAGGGCGAGUCUGGACCGCAAGGCUUGGGUACCCCGGGGCGGACUGCUGCACCCCGCCGUCGGUGUGCGAGAGAAGCAAGGUGACCUCGACGGAAGUUGGCUUGUGAGGUCGGAUGACAGCCCGAGCGUAUAG